GACCUUGUGCCGCAGAUGGAUACCGAGGAAAGAUUGGGGCAUGGCUGAGGAUCCCAGUGGCCGCAGUGUUGCUAUCCACGAGAGCGCAUACAAGGGCAAAGCAUAGAUCUCAUGUUGUCGAGCGCAGUGCAUCGCUAGCAUUGCCGACGCGGGGAGCUCGCGGGGAAAUAGUGCCUGGCGGCACCGUCUCACACUCAUUUCCACGCUGGCCAGAUGCGGUCUGCUCCAGCGCAGCGCAAGAGGAAGCAACUCAGUGCGGCAGAUUUACCCUGGAAGCGUGUCAAGACUGGCUUCGUCAGUGGAGCGGAAGACGAAGUUGCAGGCGGUCUGCUGGAUUUUGAAGAAGUCGAUGAUGUGCAAGUCAUCACCGAACUCGACGAGAGCGGCAACAAGCACUUUCGCUUUCUCGUCGCGGAAGCAGAGCCGGAGAAGGAAACAGCAACACCGACUGCAAAGCCGUCAUCGAUCAAAAAGAGGACAAAGGACACCAAGGCAGAGCAGAUACGGCACGAAGACGAUACAGCCUCAACGUCUGCUCAGCCUGAUGAUGCUGAGCCGGCUUCAGGCACAGCAGAUGCAGACCAGCUGCUACGAGAGUUUGACUUUGCUCACUUGCCUGGCUAUGUGCCACAAUCCCUUCAUCCCGCGCUGGCACAUGCCAUGCUCGAACUCGGCUUCAGCAAACCUACUCCUAUCCAGAGAGCUACAUUCGAUAUCAUGCUGGGAGCAGACGCUGUCCUGAAAGACAUCAUGGGCAUCGCUCAGACCGGCUCAGGCAAGACGCUGGCAUACGGCUUGCCCAUUCUCGAUCAGAUCUUCAGGCAGAAUGCUAGAUGGCCAUCUAAAGAGCAACCACGCAAGCUGACUGCGCUUAUCUUGCUGCCAACUCGUGAGCUUGCAAUGCAAGUCAAGACACAUCUUGCUACUGUCAUCACAAACGCGAGCAGCGCCGGCAUCGAUACAAAGGGCAAAGGCAAGGGUCCAUAUCCUUUUGCAAAUAUUGUGGCCGUCGUUGGCGGGAUUUCAGUCCUCAAGCAACGUCGUCAGCUUGCUGUUGACCGAGGAAUCGACAUCAUCGUGGCGACACCCGGACGGCUCUGGGAGAUGAUAGAUGAUGACGACGAUUUGGCUCGCAAGAUUGCUGCCCUAGACUACCUCGUGCUUGAUGAAGCGGACCGAAUGGUACAAGCUGGCCAUUUCGUUGAGCUAGACAAGAUCCUCGACCUCACGCGACGCGGCAACAGCAGCUCAAUAUCUCACGACUCAUCUGCUCCUGACGUCGACAUAGCCGAUCAAGAUAAACCAGAUGAUCAAGCCUUCGCAGAGCAGUCUGUCAGGCCAAAUGGCAAUCCUCGCAUGCGCACAAUGAUCUUCUCUGCCACUUUGAGCAAAGAUCUGCAGGUCAAUCUUUCGAUUCCCCAUCUGCGCAAUCUGCGCGCUAUAAGAAAAGCGGGUGGAAGUCAAGGCGCAAUAGAUGAUUUACUGCUGAAAAUUGACUUUCGCGAUCCGGAUCCCGCCCUCAUCAAUCUCUCCUCGAUGCAAGGUACCGUCGACACUCUGCAAGAAUGCUUCGUAGACUGUAUGAUGACUGAGAAGGACCUAUACCUGUACUACUUUCUCAUUCGCUACCCUGGUCGAACCAUCGUCUUCCUAUCUGCCAUCGAUGGCAUUCGACGCUUGCAGCCCAUCUUCAAAGCGCUCCGCAUGCAAGUCGUGCCCCUCCACUCCGGCAUGCAGCAGAAGGCGCGUUUGCGGUCUCUCGAGCAAUUCAAAGCAAACAAGCACGCAAUCCUACUGGCCACGGACGUCGCUGCACGCGGUCUCGACGUGCCGCUAGUCGACCACGUUGUGCAUUAUCAGAUCCCUCGAAGCGCAGACGUAUAUAUCCAUCGCAGCGGCCGUACAGCUCGCGCCGGACGCGAAGGUGUCAGCUUGCAGCUCUGCUCACCUGACGAAAAGGUUGCACAGCGUGCUUUGCUCAGGAGUAUCAACAAAGAGAAAGCACUUGUCGAGCUGCCGAUAGAGCAUUCGAUCCUCGAAACACUCCGAGACAGGGUGGAUCUUGCUCGAAAGAUAGAUUCUGCUCAGCACAAGGCGAAUAAGGAGACGCACGAUCAAGAUUGGCUACGCAAGGCGGCCAAAGAGAUGGAAAUCGAUAUCGAUUCCGAAGAAAGCAGUGCUUCUGACGAGCCUUCUGAUCGCGGUCAUCGGGGCAGUCGGAUACGAAAGGCGCGAGGACAAGCGCAGCAAUUGCAGGCCGAGCUGGACAGAUUGAUCCAGCAGCCUUUGCGGAUCAGAGGCGUUUCGGCCAAAUACCUCACAUCCGGCUCACAUGCAUUUGUCGAUGAUCUCCUAGCCUCGAAAAAUCACGCGGCAGUGCUUGGGCUGAGCGCUUCUACCGCCGUUGGUGAUGUCAAAGCACGCUCUAGGAAGGAAAAGCCGCCGCGCGAAGAAGCGCACCAUGCUUGAUCUGCCGGAUGCAUUGUAACUGCUCGCUGCAUUUGCAGACAAGAGUAAAUCACGUGAUCAUGAGAUUAGAUUGAUUGUCGAUCUUUUCGAGCAGGUUUGCCUUUCGCGGCACGUGUCGCGAGUGCGCGCCAUCUCUCGCCAGUCUUCGGAAGCGAGAUUGCGAGGGUUGCCUUGUGCGUCAAUGCAAUAUGGCCUAGCCAUUCA